AUGGUAAAGAAGGAGAUCAGAAGGAUUGAGAGGUUGAGACUGGUAGUGGGUUCAGGUAGGCGAUGGGACGAUGGGAGAGGGGGAGAGAAAGCUGAAAAAUGCCGGCAGCUGGUUGGUGAAGAGGCUGCAUCCAAGAGUGGGAAGUUUACUUUUCUAAAUUGUUUUGAUGGGGGAUCUGGAACCCUGGCAUGCGCAGUGAAGGAGGGUGUAAAGCUCUAUUUCUACAGCAUCCGAUCUGCUCAUGUUGAGAGAUCAAGGAAUCAAGCAAUUGAGACAGCACUGGUUGAUGCACUCUCACAAGGUCUGAAUCCCAAUGAUGCAUCCAAACAAGCUCAGAAAGAAGGUGCAAAAGCAGCAAAACUGGCGAAACGUCAAGCGAAGAAAAUUAUUGGCCCUAUCAUUUCUUCUGGAUGGGAUUUUUUUGAAGCAAUUUACUAUGGAGGAACAAUGACAGAAGGGUUCCUUAGGGGCACAGGAACCUUGUUUGGCGCCUACGCUGUUGGGUUCCUAGGAGAGGAAAGAUUUGGGAGGUUCGGCUAUCUGGUGGGAAGCCAUUUGGGAAGUUGGGUUGGAGGAAGGGCUGGGCUAAUGGUGUAUGAUGUGGUCAAUGGGGUGAAGUACUUACUUCAAUUUGUUCAAUCAGAAGAAACUAGAGUCUUUGAAACUCCAUUGGAUGAAAGAGCGUAUGGGACUUUUUCUUUUGAUAGUUCUGACGAUGAGAAAACGGAAGUUUUUGACACUCCGUCAAACAAAAAUAUUCAGGAGACCUCUGCCUUUGAAAGUUCUGAGGCUUCUGAAAGUCCUGUGUAUAUGAGCUCUGAGGCUUCUGAAGAGUCCAAUGUUUACGGGUCUACUGCUUAUGAGAGCUCUGAAGACCAUGAAGAAUUAUGAAUCAGGUGAGUAGUGGCUGUGUUGUAUAAUUGCUUUUUUAAAAUUAUGUGUCAGUCCAUGUACUUGCAAUUGAGUACAUUCUUCAUUUAAUUUUUGUAUAAGCUGACUUGACUAUAAACUCGAGAUGUUGGCCAUAGACUACUGUAUCAAACUAACAAGAAAUUUCUUGUACAGUUGUAUUUAUUUGGCAGGAAGCUUUCAGUUGUAUCCCUUUAGAUGUACUCUGAGAAUUAUGUAACAUCAGAAUCUGUGUAGCCCUGGCUGGGCCGUUUGAUUCAUUUCGCUUAUUAGG